AUGCCUCUCACAAAAGAUUCUCCAGUCCCACCAACCCUAGAAAAGAACGGGCUCCCAACGCCACCUGAGGAUGAGUCUCCACCUCCAGCUUACCGCCAGACAGCAGAGGAAGCACCUCCUGACAUCACCGCCGCCUUCUCCAACCUCAAUCUCGCAUCCUCCGAUUUCCCAACUUCCGACCAAUGCCUAGCUCACCUCAAAUUCCUCGAGACACUCUACCAAUUGCGCGAAGAUAUCGAGACAAGAGAUGGGCUCUUCGGCGUCAAAGACUCCUUUAACCUGGAGCACGAAGGCACAGAAGCUCAUGCCCGGGUUGUUUCGACCAUUAGGCAGAAACGGUGGGCGGUCUACGUUUCGAAAGCUGCUCAGCGGUUUGAGAAAUGGUGGACUCAUGCUGUUCAACCAGGAGCCGAGAGAUUGAAUGGAUACAACAUGACGACACAGUUAUCGAGAUUCGUGUACGAAGGAAAGGCCUUGAAAUUUGAAGCCCAUGACUUGCCUCCCUUAGAUGUACUCAUGGUAUGGCAUGCAUACCUCCUUAAUCCACGUGACUGCCUGGAAGAUUGUUUACGAUAUGGUAAAUUGGACUUCUGGCGAGCUGGUUUCCCUUGGGAAGCAGUCAAUGCUAGCAUCGACAACAAUACCUUUGAAUAUACAGCAUCGCGCUAUGUCAAGACUGCAUGGACGCAGAAGACCGGCUGUGUUUGGGAGAGCCUCGAGGAUCUUGCUCACGCUGUCGUCAAAUGCCCAAUGUGCAUGAAAGACAUGUCCGUCCCCUGGACAGGCUACACGCGACCCGGAGACUUUUGGCGUGACGGUGCAGACGUUCACGAGACGCUUGCCAAUGGGUUUGCUGACAAAACGAUGCGAUAUGUCUGUCAAUAUUGUUCAACCGUCAUACGGCAUGACGAUCUUAAGCUGGAGAAAUUCUGGCUUGACUAUGGCGCUUUGAAAAAUCCGAGCAUGAAGUAUCCCAUGCCUGGCACUGUUCUGACAGUUGAUGGUAUACCUGAUCCUGUUUCAAUGAAAUCUAGAGAGAUGCAAUUUCCAAAUCACCUCCUCACAAUCAAAGAUCCCCUGCUAGAAAGUCGUAUCCGUUCAAGAACCUCUCCUGGCCAGGGCUGGAAGUCUAUGGAUGGCAUCCGCAUCGAGAUCGAGGAGCUGCUCAAGGAUAGGAAUGUUCGUCAUGAACUCGUGGGCACCGUCUCCGGCGGCUACAAAAAGGGCGAGCGCAUCGCAAUCCGCCGCAUGAUGUCCCGCUACUGGGACAACUUUUCCCCCUUCGCCCUCGAUCUGGUCGGGGCUGUGAUCCGCCAAGGCUCCUUUAUCGAAAAAAUGCACUCCAUAGACUGGAUUCACUCGCCCGCAGCCACGUCAACUAUGAAACGCCUCAUCACCAAAUACGACCGCUACAUGCACAUCAUUGCGUGGCACCCCUCGCACGUCGCAGUCCCCACCCUUGACGUCGACCUAGCCUGGCACACCCACCAGCUCUCACCAGCCUCCUACUACCACUUUACAACCCUAAAAACCAACAACAUCUUCAUCGACCACGACGACAAGAUCGAUGAAACAAAGCUCUCCGACUCCUUCGAAUGGACCUCCAAAACCUAUCAGAAAAAAUACAAAGAGCUCUAUUCCGAAUGUACAUGCUGGUACUGCGAAGCCAUCCGCGAAUCCCACACUAGCUCCCUCUCGCGCGUUCUCUCGACAUCUAACCCUACGAUCGACGACCAGCUCGAGAACCUCCACGCCGCCCCCGCCGCAGGCUUCGGCCCGCACAUCAGCGCCCACAACGCCAUCCGUCCCGCCACCCAGAAAGAUCGCUCCAUCAAGGAGAAAGCGCUCAAAGCGAAACUCGAGCGCGAGUACCAAAAAGCCGUCAAGCGCGCCACCAAAGCCGGCAGACCAUUACCCGAUCGUAAAGCCUAUACGCCUUACCCCGCCCCUUCCUCUACCAAAGGCGAGAAGAACAAAGACGCCCCGAACGCUGGGCUGGCGUAUGGCUACUACCCUCUGAUCUUCCCGUUCUACGCUCCCUAUAUGGGCGACCCGACUGUGUGUGGGGAUAAUUACGCCGCGAACCCCGCGUGUGCGACUUUCGUGUCGGGCGCGAGUGGGAAUUGUGCGGCGGGCAGUUGUGGGGGUGGGGUCGCUGCUGGUGCGUGUGGAGGGGGCGCGGGGGGUGUUCGGGUGGAGGUGUUGGUGGAUGUGGUGGAGGCGGUGGCGGAGGAGGAGGGGGUUUUGGAGGGUGUGGAGGCGGUGGUGGUGGUGGGGGCUGUGGAGGCGGAGGCGGAGGGGGGUGUUGAAUUCGAUGGAUGUGGAGAAGGAGAGAGGGAGGGGAUUGGAGGGAGGUGGAAGAAGUAG